UCCAUUUGCACAGAGUCCCACAGUGAUGUACUCAAUUGUCGCAACAAAUGGCCGCUUCACUCACUAAAACCGCCAUCUCUCAAAUUCUUCGAUCAACCAUUCUCAUUACCAAAUGUCCUGUAUCUAAAAUCCCGUCUUCUUCCAUCUCCCCUUUCCCCAUAAUAACUAAGCCAAAGGUUCCUAAUUUUCCCAAAUUCAUAGCAUCACCAGUAAUGGCUUCAUCAGGGUCCAAGGAAUCACCCGCCAACAAUCCCGGACUCAAUACCAACCUUGAUGACGCCACCAAAGGUUACAUCUUGCAACAAACUAUGUAUCGGAUUAAGGACCCAGAAGCUAGUUUGAAGUUCUACUCUGAAGUGUUGGGCAUGUCGUUACUUAAGAGGUUGGAUUUUCCAGAUAUGAAGUUUAGCUUAUACUUUUUGGGAUAUGAGGAUACGUCAUCUGCCCCAAGUGAUCCAGUUGAACGUACCUCUUGGACCUUCGGACGGAAAGCCACGAUAGAGCUUACUCAUAACUGGGGUACGGACAAGGAUCCUGAUUUUAAAGGUUAUCAUAAUGGAAAUUCUGACCCUCGUGGGUUUGGACAUAUAGGCAUCACAGUGGACGACACUUACAAGGCGUGCCAGAGAUUUGAAAGAUUAGGAGUGGAGUUCGUCAAAAAACCUGAUGAUGGAAAAAUGAAGGGGAUAGCAUUCAUUAAAGAUCCUGAUGGCUACUGGAUUGAAAUAUUUGAUACCAAAACAAUUGGAGGAGUGGCUGCUGAUGCUGCUUGAUAUAGUAAUGGACUUGCUUGUAUUGCAGGAGGGCAGAAUCUACUGGUCUGGAUUCCAGUGAUCUCCAAAACGCGAAGAUAACUUUGAGGAAGGAUAUUGUUCAUCGUGUUUAUUUCAUGAAUGUACUGUUUCGUCUUGCUGAUUUAUAAUUCUUAGAGGCGCAGUAAACUGUUUUGAGCUGUAGUUGUACUAGCAUUUGGUUUUCAACAUUAGCUGGUGUCUUGCUUGUAUGAACUUGGAAUCUGUUGUGAGCUUCAUGCGCUAAUGAACAAAUCAAGAUUCAGGGGAAGCAGAGACGUUGUGUCCUUACUUUGGAUAGAAUAUGUUACGCUUCUUUCACAACGCGAAGCAUAUUAUUUGAAUAUCAAGAUUUCAAAA